AUGGAGAACGGACACGCAAAGUCCGCGGCAGAAUGCCUGACUCACUUCGGGGUGAAUGAAGUCACCGGUCUCACUCCUGACCAGUUCAAGAAGAACCUGGACAAAUAUGGCUACAAUGAGCUGCCCGCUGAGGAGGGUAAGAGCAUCUGGGAGCUGAUCUCUGAGCAGUUCGAGGACUUGCUCGUCAGGAUCCUGCUGCUGGCUGCCUGCAUCUCUUUUGUGCUGGCCUGGUUCGAGGAAGGCGAAGAGACCGUCACUGCCUUUGUGGAACCCUUUGUCAUCCUUCUUAUCCUCAUCGCUAACGCCAUUGUUGGAGUGUGGCAGGAGCGUAACGCUGAAGAUGCCAUCGAGGCUCUCAAGGAGUACGAGCCUGAGAUGGGCAAGGUUUACCGUUCUGACAGAAAGAGUGUGCAGAUGAUCAAGGCCAGACAAAUUGUCCCUGGAGACAUUGUGGAGGUGUCUGUUGGUGACAAAGUCCCUGCUGACAUCAGGCUUGUUUCCAUCAAGUCCACCACCCUGCGUGUUGACCAGUCCAUCCUUACUGGUGAGUCCGUCAGUGUGAUCAAGCACACUGAUGCUGUUCCCGACAUGAGAGCUGUCAACCAGGACAAGAAGAACAUGCUUUUCUCUGGCACUAACAUCGCUGCUGGCAAGGCCAUCGGUGUUGCUGUGGCCACCGGAGUCGCCACUGAGAUCGGUAAGAUCCGUGACCAGAUGGCUGCCACUGAGCAGGAGAAGACUCCUCUGCAGGCCAAGCUGGACGAGUUCGGCGAGCAGCUGUCCAAGGUCAUCUCCCUGAUCUGCGUUGCUGUCUGGGCCAUCAACAUUGGCCACUUUAAUGACCCCGUCCACGGAGGCUCAUGGAUCCGCGGUGCUGUCUACUACUUCAAGAUUGCUGUUGCUCUGGCUGUGGCUGCCAUCCCUGAGGGUCUGCCCGCUGUCAUCACCACCUGCCUGGCCCUUGGUACCCGCCGUAUGGCCAAGAAGAACGCCAUUGUCAGAAGCCUGCCCUCUGUGGAGACCCUGGGCUGCACCUCCGUCAUCUGCUCCGACAAGACUGGCACCCUCACCACCAACCAGAUGUGUGUGACCAAGAUGUUCAUCGUCAAGAGCGCCGAUGGUGACCAUGUUAGCCUUGAUGCCUUUGAUAUCUCUGGCUCCAAGUACACCCCCGAGGGCGAGGUCUCUCAGGGAGGUUCCAAGGUCAACUGCAGCGGAUACGACGGCCUUGUUGAGCUGGCUACCAUCUGCGCCCUGUGCAACGACUCCUCUCUGGACUACAACGAGUCCAAGAAGAUCUAUGAGAAGGUUGGUGAGGCUACUGAGACUGCGCUGUCCUGCCUGGUUGAGAAGAUGAACGUGUUCAACAGCAACGUGAAGAACCUGUCCAGGAUUGAGAGAGCCAACGCCUGCUGCUCAGUGGUCAAGCAGCUCAUGAAGAAGAACGUCACUCUGGAGUUCUCCCGUGACAGGAAGUCCAUGUCCGUGUUCUGCACUCCCACUAAGGGUGAUGGUAGUGCCAAGAUGUUUGUGAAGGGAGCCCCCGAGGGUGUGAUUGACAGGUGCACAUAUGUGCGUGUUGGCACCACCCGCGUGCCCCUGACCAACGCCAUCAAGGACAAGAUCCUGACUGUCAUCAAGGAGUGGGGUACCGGCCGUGACACCCUGCGUUGCCUGGCCCUGGCCACCCGUGACAGCCCAAUGAAGAUGGAGGAGAUGGUCCUUGAGGACGCAACCAAGUUUGUAGAUUACGAGACUGACAUGACCUUUGUUGGCUGUGUGGGUAUGCUGGAUCCCCCUCGCAAGGAGGUCUGUGGCUCCAUUGUGCUGUGCAGAGAUGCUGGAAUCCGUGUCAUUAUGAUCACUGGUGACAACAAGGGAACCGCUAUCGCUAUCUGCCGUCGCAUUGGCAUCUUCACUGAGGAUGAGAAUGUUGAGGGCAAGGCCUACACUGGACGCGAGUUUGACGAUCUGCCCCUCCACGAACAGGCCGAGGCUGUGCGCAGAGCUUGCUGCUUUGCCCGUGUGGAGCCAUCCCACAAAUCCAAGAUUGUGGAGUUCCUGCAGAGUAAUGAUGACAUCACUGCUAUGACUGGUGAUGGUGUGAACGAUGCCCCUGCCCUGAAGAAGGCCGAGAUCGGCAUCGCCAUGGGCUCUGGCACUGCCGUUGCCAAGUCUGCCUCUGAGAUGGUCCUCGCUGACGACAACUUCUCUUCCAUUGUGGCUGCUGUUGAGGAGGGCAGAGCUAUCUACAACAACAUGAAGCAGUUCAUCCGCUACCUCAUCUCCUCCAACGUUGGUGAGGUCGUCUGUAUCUUCCUGACUGCUGCUUUGGGUCUGCCCGAGGCUCUGAUCCCCGUCCAGCUGCUGUGGGUCAACCUGGUUACUGACGGUCUUCCCGCCACUGCUCUGGGCUAACCCCCCGACCUGGACAUCAUGGGCAAGCCCCCACGUUCCCCCAAGGAGCCCCUGAUCUCUGGCUGGCUGUUCUUCAGAUACAUGGCUAUUGGUGGAUACGUUGGUGCUGCCACUGUUGGAGGUGCUGCCUAUUGGUUCAUCUAUGAUCCAAGUGGUCCCGGUGUCUCCUACUACCAGCUUUCCCACUUCAUGCAGUGCCAUGAUGCGAACGAGGACUUCGUUGGAUUGGAAUGUGAUAUCUUUGAGGCUUCUACUCCCAUGACCAUGGCUCUGUCUGUGCUGGUCACCAUUGAGAUGUGCAAUGCUCUCAACAGCUUGUCUGAGAAUCAGUCUCUGAUUCGCAUGCCCCCAUGGAGCAACUUCUGGCUGCUUUCUGCCAUGACCCUCUCCAUGUCCCUUCACUUCAUGAUCAUCUAUGUUGACCCUCUGCCCAUGGUCUUCAAGUUGUCCCAUUUGAACGUCGAUCAGUGGCUGGUAGUCCUGAAGCUUUCCUUCCCCGUCAUCCUCAUUGAUGAGGUGCUGAAGUUCGUGGCCCGCAACUACGUUGAAUGUACAGCUAAAUAGAGAUGUAGAAGAAGAGGAUCUUAAGGGUUGGAGAGAAAGAGGAGGAGAAGAGAGAGAGGAAGAUCAAAACCAAAGAGGGGAUCCAUAGUGAGCCAACCAAUAGAAGAGAGAAGAGAAAACACAAGGAAACUUAUUUAAAAAAAAAAAAACUUUUCAAAAAAAUCUACAUAAACAUAGCCUCUAUAUAAGGAAGGAGAUUUGACUCAAAUGAAGGGAAGUGUCCCUGCCGAUAAACUAUUCAAAUAUUUAAGAUUUUAUUCUCACAAAUAAAGUAUGUAUUAAAAAUGAUUUUUUUGUUAAACUUGGAUAUUCUCAGCUGUUGUGUUUUUGUGUCCUCUGUCCAUUUUCAUAUGAUUGACUUUCCAGCUCAUUUGUUUUAUUCUAGUCUUUGUUGCUCGUGUCUCGUGCAGCCUCCCUUCUUUGGCUGGGCUUUGUACAGUGUGGUGUAGGGUUGCAAAAUGACUUCAUAUGGGCAGAAAAACGACAUGCCUUCAGGUGCCAGCACUCUAUAGGCUCCAUGCAGUCAGCAGACUCUGUUGGAGGUCUCAUGACGUAAAAUGGGCAUGUCCACUUAGUCACAACACUUGUGGUCUUAUAUAUUGUUUACGUGAUAAGCUGCAAUAAAGUGAUGAUUACAAUCUC